ACAGAUGUGGGAAGCGCCCUUGGGCUGUCGUCCUGGCUCCGCGACAUCGAGUCUGGAGAGGGGGUUGCAACCCGAGGGCAGCGCACGGAGAGUUGGAGAGCAGCCGGAUCAGCGAUGGUGCCCUUGAGGACCCUGUGUCUGGCUUGGGCGCUGCUAGGAGCGGCCGCAGCGUGCCCAGAGCCCUGCGCCUGCGUGGACAAGUACGCGCACCAGUUCGCCGACUGCGCCUACAAGGAGCUGCGCGAGGUGCCAGAAGGACUGCCGGCCAACGUGACCACCCUCAGUCUGUCGGCGAACAAGAUCACCGUACUGCGGCGCGGGGCUUUCGCCGACGUCACGCAGGUCACCUCGCUGUGGCUGGCGCACAAUGAGGUGCGCACGGUGGAACCCGGCUCGCUGGCCGUGCUGAGCCAGCUCAAGAACCUCGACCUGAGCCACAACCUCAUAUCCAGCUUCCCAUGGAGCGACCUGCGUAACCUGAGCGCGCUACAGCUGCUCAAGAUGAACCACAACCGCCUGGGCUCCUUGCCCCGGGACGCACUCGGUGCGCUGCCUGAUCUGCGCUCCCUGCGCAUCAACAACAACCGGCUUCGCACACUGGCUCCUGGCACCUUCGACGCGCUAAGCGCGCUGUCGCAUCUGCAACUCUACCACAACCCCUUCCACUGCAGUUGCAGUCUUGUGUGGCUGCAGGCCUGGGCCGCGAGCACCCGGGUCUCCUUACCGGAGCCCGACUCCAUCGCGUGCGCCUCGCCUCCUGCGCUGCAGGGCGUGCCGGUGCACCGCCUGCCCGCCCUAUCCUGUGUCCCGCCCGGUGUGCGUCUGAGUGUGGAGCCGCCGCCCGAGGCGCCGGGCAGCCCCCUGCCCUCCGGCCUGACGCUCAUGGUACACUGCGUCGCCGAAGGACACCCCACGCCCCGCCUGCAAUGGCAACUUCAGAUCCCGGGUGGCACCGUAGUGCUAGCCCCGCUGGUCCUGAGCGGGGAGGACGGCGGGGACGGGGCGGAAGGCGGGGAGGAGGAAGGAGAUGGGGACGGGCCAACGCAGACAGAGGCCCCAACCCCGACUCCAGCACACGCCUGGCCGGCUCCCCCAGCCACCCCGCGCUUCCUGGCCCUCACCAAUGGCUCCCUGUUGGUGCCCUUCCUGAGUGCCAAGGAGGCAGGCGUCUACACCUGCCGUGCCCACAACGAGCUGGGUGCCAACUCCACGUCGGUACGCGUGGCAGUGGCAGCUCCCGGCCCCCCAAAGCACGCUCCUGGCGCAGGGGGAGACCCUGAUGGGCAGGCUCCAACCUCUGAGCGUAAGUCCACAGCCAAAACCCGGGGCAACAGCGUCCUAACGUCCAAGCCCGAAGGCAAAAUCAAAGGCCAAGGCCUGGGCCGGGUUAGUGUCCUCGGGGAUUCAGAGAUGGGGCCGGAGCAGGAGGAGGCGGAGGAGGAGGCAGGUGAGGGUGAAGAAGCGGAAGACCAGGUCCCCGCUGACCCAAUGGAGGAGCAGCGCUGUGGCCACGGGGACCCCUCGCGGUACGUGUCCAACCACGCCUUCAACCAGAGCGCAGAGCUCAAGCCUCACGUUUUCGAGCUGGGCGUCAUCGCGCUGGACGUGGCGGAGCGGGAGGCGCGGGUGCAGCUGACGCCUCUGGCGGCUCGCUGGGGCCCAGGGCCAGGGGGCGCUACGGGAGGAGGGCGACCCGGGCGGCGGCCACUGCGCCUGCUCUAUCUGUGCCCGGCGGGGGGCGGCGCAGCAGUGCAGUGGUCGCGCGUCGAGGAGGGCGUCAACGCCUACUGGUUCCGUGGCCUGCGGCCCGGCACCAACUACUCCGUGUGCCUGGCGCUGGCAGGCGAGGCCUGCCACGUGCAAGUGGUGUUCGCCACCAAGAAAGAGCUGCCCUCGCUGCUGGUGAUCGUGGCGGUGAGCGUGUUCCUCCUGGUGCUGGCCACCGUGCCCCUGCUGGGGGCCGCCUGCUGCCAUCUGCUGGCCAAACACCCAGGCAAGCCCUACCGCCUUAUCCUCAGGCCGCAGGCCCCCGACCCCAUGGAGAAGCGCAUCGCCGCCGACUUCGACCCUCGCGCCUCCUACCUCGAGUCCGAGAAAAGCUACCCCCCGGGUGGCGAGGCGGGCGGGGAGGAGCCAGAAGAGGCCCCGGGGGAGGGCCUCGACGAAGACGUGGAGCAGGGGGACCCCACUGGGGACCUGCAGAGAGAGGAGAGCCUGGCGGCUUGCUCGCUGGUGGAAUCCCAGUCCAAGGCCAACCAAGAGGAGUUCGAGGCGGGCUCCGAGUACAGUGACCGGCUGCCCCUGGGUGCCGAAGCGGUCGACAUCGCCCAGGAGAUUAACGGCAACUACAGGCAGACGGCGGGCUGAACCCCCAGCCUACGUGGCAGCCCAUCCCUAUCCCCGACCUCGGGUAUCUGGGAGGAGAGGCAUAGGGCUGUUAUGAUUUAUGCCCAACCCCACCUUCACUUACUCCACCCCCUUACCCUGACUACUGGGGGGCUCCAGUGGGGAGUGGGACGACUUCACCAGUCCCACCCACGACGGUCGUUGUCCCUGUGGGCUGAAUUCCCCUCCAGGCAAGCACAGGUCCCCUGCUCCUCCCUCCCUGUAUGAGACACCAUCCGCUGACCGUGAGGCGAACUCCAAGCCUCUCCAUUCCCACCCCAAUUAUCUGCGCAAUCCCGCCCGGGAGCCCACUUCACUGUGGGCUCGGAAGCCGAAGGAAAUGGAAGAAGACGUUGGAAAUAUCUGAUGGUCAUGCUGUGGCUCGCUGUCAGCCCGGGACCCCCAGCAGACUUCCCUGGCUUGGAGCGCUAUGGGGUCCCGCCCCAACCCCCUACUGUGCCCUUUCGGGCGCUUCGCAUCCCAGAAGCCAGGAUUCGGCGGCAAUCCCCAGUUUCUAGUUUCAAAGCCCCCUCCCGACUGGGAACCAAACGCUUCUGUACUUUCAUUGCAUCUCCGCUUCGGACCGGCUGGAGCCGGGCCGGGUGCCUGGGGCGCAUUUCAGUGCCACACUCCGAUUUUCAUAUUUUCGUUGUUUUCCAAGACAGCGACUCUCCGGGUCUGGUGCUAACACUCCCUUCCUUGCCUCUGGGGAAAACUCUGUGUGUGUGUGUGUGUGUGUGUGUGUGUGUGUGUGUGUGUGUGUGUCUGGGGGUGGGGGGAAUCCGUCUUCUCUCGCCCUCUCCCCUAACUUAAAGUGCCGGAGAACCACGCACCCCUUUUCCGCGGAGGGUGCGGCCUUGGUCCCCGGCCAGUUUCGUUGUGAGGGACUUGGGGUUUCCGGAGAUUCGACAGCUCCAGUUCCGCUGCUGCUCGCGGCCUGGACCUCAGCUCGAGAAGGGCCGGGGGUGCGGGGAGGGGGGCAGGAAGCCUGCUCUGGCCUCCUGGAUCCCGUCUCCCAUGAGGGGCUAGUGCCCCGGUUCGCACAAAGCUUGCGCGUGACUGUGCGGCGGGGCCCGGUUGGAGAAAAGCCACGGAUGCUCGCGCCUCCCCGCCCUAACCGCCCCUCCUUCUGCGGGAAUUGUGUUUGCCCCGCUGUAGUCCUAGACGAGCGUGCUCUGUAGGAGAAAAGUCUGUGUCCCGUAAAAGUGUGUCAAGUGUAGUGUUGGGAGGCGGGCGGGAGGGAG